AUGGCUGUGUACAUAUUUUCUCCUUUCCCAAGCUCGUUGUGCGGUUAGGAACACCAGUUUUCAUUUUUCUCUCAGCACAAACACAUCUAAAUUUUAACUCUAGACCCAAGUUUUGGAAAUCAUCAAUUUCAAGACUUGCACAUAAAUCAUGGGUUGUACACCGGGUGGACCUUGCUGCGGACCUUGUGGACCUUGUGGUCCUUGUGGACCUUGUGGUGGACCUUGUGAGCCUUGUUGUGGACCGUGUGGACCACGCUGGGGACCCUGUUGCGGUCCCUGCGGUCCUUGCUGUGGACCCAUGGAAAAAAGAAACGGUCUUCAGCGAUGCUGCCCUUUUUAGAUGCGAUCCGUUGAUGCCUAAAAUGUAAAAAAAAAAUCGAGCAACCAAAUUUGGACUGGAGCUUAGAUUUAACUACAACAAAAUAAGAAAUAAAGCAGAAAAAUGAAAACAAAUUGAAACAUAGCUGGCUUUGCUUUAUUACCACUGUUGUAAAAUAUACUAAUUGUAAAUUUCUAUAUAUGAAUGAAAAAAUACAAGAAUUUUUCGAAACGAAAUAAAUGGCCACUGCCCUAACUUUGGAA